GGUGUUAAAUAAUAAUGAUGUUAGCGAUGUUGUGGUCUUCGUUUAUAGCUGCGUUUUACAUAUUUGUAGGUUUAGUUCAUGCAGCUAAUAAGCCUAACAUUUUAUUUAUUCUUGCAGACGAUUAUGGUUAUAAUGAUAUUGGCUAUCAUGGAUCCGAAAUUCGUACGCCAAAUCUUGACAAGCUUGCCAAAUCCGGCGUCAAAUUUGAGAACUAUUAUGUUCAACCGAUAUGCACCCCUACCAGGAGCCAGUUGUUGAGUGGGCGCUACCAGAUACACACUGGUCUACAGCAUUCCAUUAUAUGGCCCUCUCAGCCAAAUUGCCUUCCUGUUUCUUUAACAACGCUCCCGCAAAAAUUGCAAGAUGAAGGAUACGCAACACAUGCAGUUGGCAAAUGGCAUGUUGGCUUUUACAAGAAGGAAUGUCUCCCAACAAACAGAGGUUUUGAUACCUUCUUUG